ACUCGCAGGGAAACCGUCCAUUCUCACAGUCGAUCGCUCGCAGGCUCGAUCGAUCCACCUAAUUAAGAAUUUUGCCAAUAAGCUGAGUCAAAUUUUAUUUCGAAAUGGGUUUCCUUGGCUACGGGCUCACUUUCGUUGUGGUUCUAUGUCUUUUGACUGGGUCACUGAGCAUAAAGAGUUCGCACUGGAAGGUACACAAAUGUUGCGCGAAAGUGCACCGUCCAGCUGCCAUACCCAAUCCUGCGCCAGGAUCCACUGGAUCGAGCGAAAAGAAGACUACAUCACCGCCAACUCCCUUGGCAGUUUGUGGUAAAAAAAUCCACGGGGCGGGACUGACUGAGGAAAAAAAGUUGUCAAUUCUCAAUAUUCAUAAUGAGAUGAGAUUAACGGUGGCAGAAGGAGAUACGGUAGAUGGAAAUCCCGGACCUCAGCCGGGAUCGGAAUACUUGAAAGACCUGAAAUGGGACGAUGAAUUAGCUACCGUUGCUCAAGACUGGGCCAAUCAGUGCCAGAACAGCAAAGGCGGAAAGUUGGUUAUCGAGGGCAAGGAACUUGGACAAAACUUUAUUAUGAUCAUUGAGGAUAGUUUUUGGGAACCGGAAGAAAUGGUUGAAUCAUGGUAUUCAGAAGUGGAAAAUUUCGACCAUCGCUUGGUCUCAUCUUACAAAGAUCCUUUGCCAACCGAAGAAUCGUAUCGUAACUAUACUCAAAUGGUAUGGGGUAAAACAACGCAUGUAGGCUGUGGUAUCGUUUAUUCCAUCACGGAUGAUGACCUUCGUCAAAGCAAUUUCGUAUGUAACUACGCUCCCCGAGGCAACAUAGUGGGCGAGCCAGUGUACAAGACACACUAAACGACGUUUAAUUAUUUUUCGUGAUAAUGGCCUUAACUACUGAAUUUUCGAUGCUCUUUUGAUGUACUUUAUAAAAAUGUAGUAAGCAGAAAGAUAAAACGAAUGAUCUACGAA